GUGGUGCAGCCAGCCGGAGCUGGUGAGCCAGGGUGGAGCGCCCGCGGGUGGCGCGACCGCUGGGAGAACCGCUGUCGUGAUACAUCAAGAAAUCGCUCAAAUUGGCGGGCCGCCGGCCACGGUGUGCGUCAAACCCCUGCCAGCAGUGAUCUCGUGCACUUGAGAGCAACUUGCAUACUCGCGCCCCGCGGACGUUAAUUACUCGCGGGAGGGGUAUCCGGUGCGGGUCUGCUCCUGCGGGUUCGUUGCCCUUAGGCAGGAAGCUGCCGCGCGGGCCGCCGCACCGAUGAAGCCAUCUAUGUUCCCCCUGCUGCUGGUGCUGAUCCCCUCAGCACACAAUUCCUUCCGGCCAACCACGCUCCGCGUCAACAAACCACGGCCUCGUCGACGACGGAGCCGGCUGUACAUGGCGCGCAGGGACGUGUCCCUCCAGUACACGACCGGCGAGAAGACGUUCGACUGGGGCCAGCUCGUCAAGGAGGAUCGGGGAUUGGAGUGGAUCCGGCUCCGCGCCUUGCUAGGCGACGCGGACACGCGGCGGCCGCCCUUUUUUCCGCUCAAGUGUUCUUGCGAAAGUCGCGACGCGCUCGAGGCGUUGGCCGCGGCUGCUCUGGAGCAUGUGGCACUGAGACGCUCCACACAAGCGGCCGACGCUAUUAGAGAGAGAUGCAAAGUAGUGAAGGCGUCGGCCUCGGGCGACGCCGACGCCCAGGCCUUCUGCGACGCGAUUAACAGCGUGCUGACGGGCAACACCGCUUUAUUACCGGCGACGACGCCGCCGCGCGGGGCGUGCGGCGACGCCUACGCCAAGUUCGCCGCCGAGGUCGAAAGCGCGAGGGAAGAGGUCGACUUCUGCCUGAGUCUCCCAGACCGGAGGCGGGGCGCCCUCGACGUCGAGGUCCAACGGGGAGUUGAUCUAGCCCCGAUGACCGCGACGCGGGCGUUGAACGAGGCCUCGAAUUCAUUGUUGCGAGCCGCGGCCUACGGCGACCGGUCGUCCGUCGAAGAAGUAAGGGUGGGGCUCGUCGCGCUCCAAGCGGAGCUGUCGGGUUUGGAUGGAUACGUGCCCGACGCCUGCGACGCGUACCUCGAUAGGUUGCAGGCCCUCGCGACGGCGGAAGGCGAGUACGACCCUCGAAAAGCGGAAGUCGAGGAGAAUGCUUUGGCGACGUUCUACGCGGAAGGUGCGGCUCGAGCGCCGGCGGCAGCUCUAGGUGACGCCUACGCCGUGGCUCUGCAACGCUUUUUGGGGGAGCUGACGCGGCGCGGCGCGAUCGCCGGCGGCGGCGGCCAGGCCCCCGACUUUGAGGAAGAUUCCGAGGAGGACUACCCGUCGGCGGUCGCGCGCUACGCCAAUCCACUCUUCUCGAGGGUCAACGUCGAUUUCGCGGAGUGGGAGAUGAAGCUGAGGAGACGGCUCUCGCUCGCGCGCGGCUCGCAGGGCAUCGACAACCUGCACCCGCCGGACUUUGUCGGGACCUGGCGCGUCACGCUGGUGGACGAGGCCGUCGCGGCGGCGGGCGGGCCGCUGGUCGCGUACGAUGCGUCGGUCACGUCUUCCGACGCGUCCGAGCGGCCCGUGUCGGUGACGUUCGAGGACGGCGGGUCCGUGCGGAUGGACGCGCCCGCUCCCAGUGCGUUAAAGCUGCGGCCGCCGCGGUGGCGCGUGCGGGCGGGGCCCGCCCAUUUGGACACGUGCGAGUUUGAGGUCGACGUGGCCGGCGGCCGCGUCGCCUUCUGCGGCUACGUCGACCGGGGCCAGCGCAUCGAGGCGCGGUUCUCGCGAAGGCCCAUCCGCGUGUCGGGCUUCGCCUUCGAGAAGGGCGACUCGCCGCGGCGGCUGGACAGCGACGCGCGGCCGUCGGGCCAGUUCCGGAUGUCGGGGCCCGCGCGGGAUAAGGAGGAGUAGUAUAUUCUUACGCA